UUCUUUUCUGUCGAGAUGCACAUCCAGGUCGAGGAGCGUGUGUUUUCUUCCAUUGUAGAUUCAAGUGGAUGUCUUGGUAGUGCGCUUGUGGCAGGUGAUUCCAACGUACAUCGUAUCCAAGCAGCGAUUCCAAAUUGGUUCACUAUUCGAUGCCUCCCAGUAUCAGGAGCCAAGUUUGUGAAUGACAAGAAGGGAUUUGUGGCAGUUGUGCAGCUUUCAUUGAAGAAGGAGUUUUACCCAUGUGUCUAUAUUCAUCUUGGCUCCAAUGAUGUUCAAGCCAGAGAGGAUGUGUUUUAUAGGAGAGUCACUGAGGUAUGUGAUAGUAUCCACGAGACGAGUCCGGAAACUGAGAUUGUUUUAUGUUCUAUUCUGCCACGAAAAAAGAAUGACAGACGAGUAUCUUCAACAUUAGCGAGAGUCUUCAACAGAUGGAUCCAGAAUGCUAACACCAUGCUAAUGGACAUUUCAGAGGCCAUCCCAUACAUCAGAUUCCGUGGAUAUGGAGCUCAGGAAUGUGCUGAUGUGUUGGGUCGUGAUGGACUUCAUCUGAGUCGUGUUGGUGGUAGACAUUGUAGUCAGGUGAUUGAGGAGGAUGUGUAUUCCUGGAGUGAAAUAGCCUAUCAGCAGGAUGUACAUUGGAAUGAAGACAUACGCCAACCACAUUCAGCAGAGAUUGAUGCAUCAAGCUUUGACCAGUGCCUGGCAGCUGCUGUUGAACCAGUCAGUGACCAGAAUGUCCAGGCCAGCAAGCAGCCUCUGUACUCGGAAAUAGUCCGUUUGCCAGCAGCUGAAGUUCCAGAUGUUACCUCAGUGCAGCAUAAUGUGAAGUUACCAAGGCGCAAUGUAUUGAAGGUUGAUGAAUGUGCUAGAUCAGCCAGACCAUGUAACCACAGAUCAAACAAACAUCGAAGGGCAAGGCGAAGAAAAUUUACGCAACACAGACAGCUGAAAGUUCAAAGAUCUGAGCAGUAUAAAGAUCACGUUGAAAUUCCAUUGACAUCUGAUGUAACGGUAAAGGUGAAGGCAGACAAUGUACAUAGCAUCUGGAUGUGCCCGAAAGAAGACGCCAUUACCACAAAGAAGCGCCUACCUGUCUGCUCUACAAUGACUGGAGUUAAGAAGAUAAACAAGCAGACAUGGUUUGACUGCCCCCUAUGCCCAGUGAAGUGUUCUAGAGAAGAUUUCCUACUGGACCAUUUCUGUCGACGCCAUGUACCUGGAGGGACCAAAUACAAGAAGAACACUGACAAUUCUUUCUGUCAUCGGAAAUCAACGAAGAGCAGCAGAAGUCAGCCAAACUCGAAGAGCACCAUUUCAACAUCCAGCCUGAACCCUGUAGAAAAAACUUCACCUCCCCAUCAAGAUGAAUUGGAUAUCGCAGAUCACGCCGAUUUCUCCAAAUUAAAAUUACUUUUAUCAAAUGAUGUUGAGCAAAAUCCUGGACCUACCUAUCACUGUGAAUGGAAUAAUUGUGGAUUCAUCGGGCUAACAACAACUAGAAUGGGACAACACCUGCGACAACAUGGACGAGAAGAGGAAUGCAAAUGGGCGCAAUGCAAUGGAUUUCAGCGAACGAGCUACGAAGACCUGGAGUUACACAUUAUACACGACCACUUCUUUGAUGACAGAAUCACCUUUCCUUCCCUAGAUGAUUGGCUGGAAUAUCUCCCAGAAAAAAGAAUCGACCCAGAAACCACUGAUUUACGCUUCUGUCCAAAACACCUGAGAAGCAAGCUGAAGUUGUUACUGUUUGAUGAGGACUACCUGGACAUGCCGACAAACAAAUCCUACACAAUGAGCGACCACCUGUGUACACUGGAUUUUGAAAGUAAUCAUUAUACUAAAAAUUUCUUAAAUAUUGAGAAAAAAUUUAUUGAAAAAAGACUUUUGUUAGGUGAAGACUGGUCAGAUUAUAAUGGUAAAUUUGAGAAAAAUGACACUGAUUCACUUUUAAGUCCAGAUCCAAAAGUCCGCAAGCACAGGCAGUUCCAUGGUGGAAAAUAUCAAUUCCACUUUGUCCAAACUUCACGUCCUGAAUUAAGUUCAAAUUCUCAUUCUGGAACUAAGUUAAAGCCUGUAAAAAGAUUAGCUUCCUGUACAUUUCCAAAUGAAUGGUCAAGUAUCUUGCUGACAAAUUUACAAUUCUGUUCUCAUGCCAUAACUAUGCAGAACUUAUUUCUGAAUUUGAUUUUAGAAGAAGGAAUUGUUGAUUGCAAAAAACUAAGUUUUCUUAAGUUAGAAUAUGACACUGCUCUAUUAGCAUCAGCCAAAACCUGCACCAAAGGUGUUUUUGUUUGUCAUGUAUUUAAAAUCAUUGUAGACAAUGCUGAAUAUCUGUACAUCCGCUAUGUUGAGUCUGGAGUGUAUGCUGGCCUAAUGGAACAGAAAUAUUUGCAAGAAAUCAAAGAUACAUUUCAUUACACUGAUAAUAAUAUGUUUUUGCAUAAUACAUUAACAGUGGAAGAUAUACAGAACAUGGAAUCUGAUCAUAUAAAAGAUGAAAAGCCGAAUACAUAUAAGCCCAGCAGCAGACUUAAUGAUUUCUUUAAGCAAAAAUUCAUUCCAGGUAUUGCUGAUACAAGACAAAUGAAGGACACUGAUAAUAUUGAUUGUUUAUCCUUUGCAGUAUCAAUUUUGCCCUUUUCUUCAACCUCAACUGCCAAGUUUAUGGAUGCUUGUACUGCAGGAAAGGAAGACCGUCUUCAAGCUUUGCUUUUAGAUUUUAGGCACUCAAAGUUGGAACAGGUUCCUCGAAACUCGAGGGAAAUAUUUCAGCAGCAAUAUGAAGGAGAAGAAACCCUUUUAAGUCAGUCAAAGGCAUUAAAUUGUUUACCAGGUGACGUCAAAAGAAAAACCGAACUAUUCAAAGGUGAUCCAAAAUUUGCAUCCAACUUCAUAAACAAGAAAAAACCUCGACUCAGAACAUCACUUAGAUAUCUUACUUUCAGUCUCUUUCUGCAGAAUGAAAUUAAUACAAUUUUCACUAAGUAUAGAACAUAUUACCCAGAUUUAAAUGCGGUUCAAUGUGAGGUUUUAGAAAUUCCUGCACUAGAGAGGCCAUCUAAGAAGAGGAAAAGCACAGCCUCUGUGAAGGUGACAAAAGAUGUGGAGCCAUUGAGUGUUCUGCAGGAAUCAAAAAAAUCUAUGUAUGAACAAUUUUCUAUUGAUUUAAUAGAGGAUGAAAAGAUAUAUAUUCAGGUAGCUGAGGAAGACACCAUGAUAUGUUGUAUGAAUGAUUAUAAUGAUUCUGGUUCUUUAAGAAAAGAAGUGUAUGUUUAUACCACUUGGCUAAAGCAAGAAUCUGGAGACUACUUCCAUUGUACCUGCAGUAUAUAUAGAACUUUAUUUGAUAUAGCUCAUAGCCAAACUCUAAAUUAUUCAAACAGGAAUAGCUGCAUGCACUGUACAUUCCUUAAGUGUAUUGUUCUUCCAAAUCUACAGAUAGAUGAAAGGGCUACAGAAACCAAAACCCGUAAAUUUGUUCAGGAGGGAAAGCAGUGUGCUGGCAAGGAUUUGAUUGAAUUAAGUGACUUUAAUGGUACACGGAAAUUUUCAGUUUAGGCAGAAGGAGAGACUAAACCUGUUUUUUUAUCACUGAGUCACAACAAGGCCAAAGCAAAUUAUACUGUGACCUGUCACAAUGGCGAGUGUCAAUCAAAGAAGGGACACAAACGAUAUUUAAAUAACUUGAAUUCUUCCAAUCUUUGCAGACAUUUAUUUGUGCUGAAACAUAAUCCAGAAUCCUGGAUUGAUUUGCAUGAAAGAAAUGCCACUAAUGAAACUUUUUUAGAUGACCAACUACUAGAUGAUGAAACAAAUGAUGAUGCUGGUGAUGGUGAUCCUGUUGAUACUAAUGACAAUUUUGAUCCUGAAACAGGUCUAUGGAAGUAUAAGUGUGGGAGCAGCCAUCCAGCAGCAGCUAGAGAGAGUGAUAUGUUGAGGCGUAACAUCAUCAAACGUGACGGAUGGAAUGAUUUGACCUUAAGUAGGCAGGCUGAUGGUUCAUUGAAGGGUCCCAAUUUCUAUCCAGAUAUGCCAGACAAUACAUGCUGUUGUGGAUCUGGAUGGUUGAAGCGAGAUGAUGAUCCAGAUUACUCUGAAAACGGGAAAUUGAUUCCUUUAGGUCGAGUUCUUACAGUUUACACACAGUUUGCGCCUGUGCAGUGUGAUGUUUACAAAAGAGUCUGUUACAACCCGAUAGACGACAGUCGCUGUGAACUUGCAUGGAAUGAAGGCCAGAGUGAAUCAAUUCAUGUUUUUAGUAGUAAAACAGCUGCAGGUGACGAAAUAGGAUGGGAGUUUACAUCAUCAGUAAUGAAAACUGGUUGCACUUUUUCAGCAUACUGUCAGAUGAAGGAUGAACUUUACAGAACUCGUGACCCAAAGGCCAAGUUUAUGGAUGCAUGCAACAGUUUUUUUAAAAUGGUGGUUUAGUUGGGCAGCUAAUAUGAACAUUGAUUUCAGACAACCAUGUGACAUUUGUAGGUAUGAGCCUAAUAGACUGUGCUGUGAUGGAACCAGAGUAGGCGUAGGUUUCCGUCAUUCAAAUUUCACAGAAAUAAGUACACCUGAUAGUUUUUUACAGACACAGCAAACAUUGCAUCGACGGAUGGACAGAUGUUACCUGAAGAAUAAGCCUGGAGUUGAAAAGAGACAGAUGAUCGCUUAUCGUGAAGCAUUGGAUAAUAUAGCCCGAACUACAGUUGCAGAAUUUUAACCGUUAGAUAUUCCAGAAAAUAAUGAUAGAAUUAAUUUACUUAUGCAGGCUCUACCUGAGGAGGCUCAUCAAUCAUUCCAGCGAUUUACUCGAGGGAUGUCAGAAUUUGAAAGAGUAGCUUAUGCAUCUGUCCUUAAGAUGUUGGCUACAACAGCAUCUGUGACAAGCAUUUUGUCACCAGAAUAUGCACUUUUCUUGCAGGAAUUUCUAACUAAUGAAAAUCUUUCAGAUUUUGAGUUUAACAGACAGAUGUAUGAGAUGAGAUCAUUUGCUCCAGAAAUACGGGACUUGACUGCAGAAUCGAUGUUGAACAAUAACAACAUUCUACCUGAUGACAUUAAACUUUUUCUAGUUCAUCUUACUAAUGAGUCUCUAAACUUACCAGUUUAUGCCCCAGAGGAUGCUACUUUUCAAUUCGGAACAUACAACCCUGAGAAGCUGGGCCGGGCUUAUUACUUCAAUGAACAUGGUGUUAAACUGAGGAAUGUACGCAAAUUUCAGAUAGAUGAGGACCGAGCAGGCAGAAACAAUGACCAUGAUGAUGAAGCUAUGGACUUUGAGCGAUGCAGAAAGAUUUACUCAAAAAUACAACAAUCAGCACCCGGCACAUCUAACUUGUUUCUUUGGUUUUGUCCAGAUCACGGUCAUUGCUAUGGAUUCCACAUGACAGUGGCUGAAGGCAGAAAAGAUCCAUCAGCUUCAUUAUACUCUCAUCUAGCCAAACCUCCACAAGCAGUGUUUUAUGACUUUGCCUGUAACUUACAGGAAUAUUGCCUCAACAGAGAGAGUGGGUACUACAAGAAUGUUAGAUUUUUUCACGAUAUUUUUCAUGGUUAUUCACACAAAUGCUCUACUUCUUUUAGAAGCUCUCGACUUCAAGGAUUUGAAAGUGUGAACUCAGAAAUCUGCGAACAGUUCAACAGCUUCAUCCAGAUUCUGAAGAAAUCAGCAAGACAAAUGACACAAUCUCAUUUCUGUUUCUAUCUUCAGUUCUUUAUUCAUGAGUGGAACAGGAGAAAAAGAGUUGCUUACAAGAGGAAAAUCAGCACUGCACUAGCUGGGCUUUUAUGAAAUGUAUAACAACUUUGAUUUUCAGAGAGCUGUGCAUCAUAAAAUGAUCAAAUGAACUAUGUUUAAUUUAUAUUUCAUUCACUUCUUAUAUAUAUUUGUUUGACUUUCUCAUUUGCGUAUACUUUUGACUAGUAAUUAUCACUGCAUCUGCAAUUGUUUUCGGUUUCUGCUGUGUUUGUUAGUAUGUUUCAGUUUGAGCGAACAGACUCCAACUUUGGCUUCCAGCUUUGCUGUUGAGAAAGGUCAACAAGUUCCACCAGAAGUUCCACCAGAAAUACAUCACGUCUUUGAUUUUAAUGUUUGAGGCAGAUUUUCCACAGCGUCUUCAUCCAAUCUACUUGUGUCGGCAUGUGCAACUACUUAAUCUGAAGGCUUGGGGGGAAUUGUAGCUCAGUGCUUCAUCCUUUAUGUGGAUAAACAAAAGGGAACCAGAAGGAUCGAUCUAAAGACAUUCUUUUCAUCAAUCUGUUGGUGUCAAACAAUAUAAUUUUGAUUGAUCAGUCUUCUUAGUGCCUGUAGUGAACAGUAUGUAUUGUAUUAUAUGUAGUAUAAUAAUCAAUUGAGUGUUGAUAAAUGUCUUACAAUUAUCGUAUAACCCUUUAUAUCAAGUUUUGUUAUUUAAUUGUAGAACAGCAAAAGAAACAUUUGUGGAUUUUAAAAGAUAAGGCAGAGACUAUGUUUACACUGUAAAUGUUCAACUGGUGAAUUCCAUUAUUUGUUGCAAUAUCUAGAUUUUGAUAAUGUAAGGAAUGAUUUCUGAUUAAAGUAUUACAAUAGGAA